AUGCGUGCCUGUUUCAAACGAGCACCAUAUCUAUCUCUUAUUUCCCACGGAAGACGAAGCCAUUCUAAUAUCUCGAGUCUCUUCAAGCUUGGACCGAACGCUUGUUUCAGAUACCGUUCUGCGCAUGAGUCUUCCCCCUCAUGCUUAUAUUUUCCUUGUUGGCAGCAAGAAGAUCUGUACUUCACUGCCUCAGAUGCCUUUAAAUAUAUUGAAAGGAACUCUUUUCUAGUAACAGUUAACCACUUACUAGCUAAUGAAGAAGAUAGCCAGCGCCCUGAUAAAUAUGUAAUUGUUCGCAUCCAGACUUUCAUCAAAGUCAUUAUCUAUUACCCUUCUUUCCUCUCUCCUCUCAGCCUCAUCAUUCUGUGCUUCUUUUUUUCUAUAUCCUGGCUCUACUUCUUUUCUCUUUCUACUUUUCUCCCUCUAAGUCUCAAACAAAUCUACUUUGCUCUCUGUGUUUUGUUCUUUGCCAGCUUGUUCUCAUUUUCUUUUUGUUUCUGCUUUGUGUUUAUUCCCAUUAAGCGCGGCCUUCUUCCUGGUCUCUUGCGGUCGUUUGGACUCGGUGGACCAGCUUCUAGCAUGGUUAUCAUUGAUAUUGCCAUGACGAGCGUUGCAGUUGCUCUUGUUAUAAACCGCGUUAUUGUUCGGCUGGUGACAAGCAAGAAGCUGGCAUCGGAUGAUUUCGUUAUUAUAGGAUCGUUGAUCAUUUGUGUUGCCAUGAACGUUAUCAACGUUGUGGCUGUUAAUCAUGGCUAUGGGCGACCUUCAUUUGAUGUGCCCGAGGAUGACUUGAAAAUAGCUCUUGAGCUAUACUUUGCCCUGCAAAUGCUUUAUAGAGUGACUAUAAACAUGACGAAGCUUUCAAUUCUGCUCUUAUACCGCAAGAUAUUUGAUACCGAGAGGUUUCGAUUCAAACUUAUCUGCGACGUCCUAUUCGUCUAUAUCAUGCUUUACACAGUCGCCACCUUUAUUGUCACGAUUUUUCAGUGUGACCCAAUCCCAAAAGCCUGGGCAAGAGAUUUGCCAGGGACUUGCGUCAAUCUUACUGCUUUCUGGUAUGCAAACGCGGCAUUGCACACCUUGACGGAUGUCAUAAUCUUGCUUCUCCCGAUGCCAGUCAUUAAGGGGUUGAAGUUGCCCCGACGCCAGAAACUUGCAUUGAAUCUGGUAUUUGCACUAGGGAUAUUGUAUGAAUUCCUGUAUCUUACCUUAUGUGAAAACCAAGGAUAA